AUGAAGAAAAGGGAUAGAAAUAUGAAUAUUAAACGAAUAAAAAUGUUGACAGUGGCACAAAAUUGUUGUAUUCCUUGGUUUCUUAGGCUUUUGAAUUUUAUUUUGGAUUAUAACCAUAGAUUUGCGGAGUUGGAUGAAGACCUUGAAGGUGUGGAUGUUGAAAAUGAUAAAAUGAGAUCAGCAUUAAUGCUAAUAAAAUUUAGAUUGAUAGUAUAGGAGGCGAUAAUAUAAAAGUGGAGAUAAUAGAUUGCAAAUUACAAUGAAAUCAAUAGAAAUUAAUUAAAACAAUCUUCUAUUUCAUGUUAAUUAAUAAUUAUGCAAGGUUUAUUGUAGCCAUCUCAACAAACUCUAUUGGUGCGAUCACCAACCGAAGGCUCUAUGUAGAGUUACAGUAGAUACGAGAGCAAGGGGAAGAAAAGAAUUGUAUACAAAAACAACAAGGGUGAAAUUAUUGAUCCUCAUGACAAAUUGGCUAAAUCGCAUCAUUCUCGUCCAUCUCAACCUACUCAUUCAGUAAAAUCUCGAACUACCACUCCCACUCCUUCAGAUAGUGUCAAAACUCAAAAUGCUUCCAUUUUAGACCUAGUACCAAUUGACGAUCCCAUUUGGUUGGAGUUGAUUCCCACAGAAAUACAACAAGAUCAAAACUUCAACCUGGAAAGAUUGAUUAUGGAUAAUCAAGAGUAUUUCGUUAAUCUACUUGGUUUGUACAUGCAAGAGAGACAACAAAACAGAAUACAAGAAAUAAAAGUGUCCCUUCCCUAGAAAAAGUAGACCACCUAUGAUCAAGUUUAUAAAAAACCGAAUGCCAUCGACCAUUCCAAUUUCAACAUCAAGAUGUAUGACUAACUUCCAAUGGCUUAAUCUCUCCAGUUACAAACGCAAUAUGAAGUUUGAUAUUUUAAUAUCUUUAGACUUCUUUUCGCACUCCAAAAAUUAUUCCCCAGGAUAACUUCAAACCCUCCUACAUUAAGGAUAAUGCUGAAAUGCUCACACUCACCAGUUAUAAGUAAAAUUAUGUCAAUUGGAAGACCUGUCUUACUGAAAGAGUGGGACCAUAAAGAGGGUAAAGCACUGGAACUCUGCCCUUUAUUGGCAGGACCUCUUAUCAAGAGAACUAUCGCGCUAAUAAUUGGGAGCCCACAGAAUCUGCCAAAAAGACAUCACUGUAUAUUGCCAUUUCUUUAUUUCAGAGGUCCUUUUGCAUCAGGGAGUUCCAUGAUCUUCAAAGAGGCCUUGUCUAAAAUCCACUAUCCCAAUUAUUAAAUUGAGGAAGCACCACCUCGAUAAGAAAAUAGUAAUCAUCAAUAAGGAAAUGGAUCGUAUGAUGGACAAUUCAAAACAACUUUUAAAAAGUACUUUUGGCAAUUGAUCUAUAGUUCGUUUGUGUAUAAAGUACCAGAGCCUAUUAUGCAGGAUAGAUAUUGGAAGUAGAAAUUGAUACAAAAGAUUUUGGAGAAGAAAUAAAAUUGA